GGGUCUCCGGGCUAAUGUUACGCUAACUUGGUGCAGACCAGCGAGACGUCUGCAGACAUCUGGACGAGCGCCUGAGGAGCCAGCAGGACGCCAUCCGCUCUCUGACCGACCACCGGUACCAGCUGGACGACCUGCGAGGAGCCUUGGAUCACAUGAUGCCGCCUUUGGCCCCUGACCCCUCCUGCGGCAAGAUAAGCGUGGGCAGGAAGUUGAGUCUUCUGUUUGAGCGGCAGCAGCAGGACAUGCAGCACGUGCGCGGCCUGCAGGCAUCCAUUUUGCAGCUUCAGAGAGACUGUGAGGAUCUGCAGAAAGCUGUGGGGCGUCUCCAUGACGACAACAAACACAAACACCUUCACAUCCUGCAACUCCUGAGGAGCCAAGACCAGCUGCAGGACACGAAGGCCGACAAACACUCGCUUCACGCCAAAGUCUGUCAGCUCGACAAGCUGAUCCAAGACCAGUGGAAUGACAUCCAGGAGAGAAUGUCGCUUCCGGAACAUUCCCAGCACCGCCACGCCGCUGCUGUCAGGAAACAGCUGUUGUGUCUCUCCUGUGACCCGCCCAUCAUCACACACCUUCAAGCACCUACAAGUGUAGGAGUGUCGCCCAGCAGGACAUUGACAGACGUCGCAGACUUCAGGUACCCCAAGGUGUCCCGCAGCUGUGGGGGGGGUCACACAGUGACCUCUGGCUCCCAAAGACGCUUCAGUGUGUGGAGACACCACAGCCACGCAGCAGGGGGCGCCACAGUGCAGGUAACAAGGCCUCCAGUGCAACAGAUAGAAACAUGCUUAUUGUGUGUGUGUGUGUGUGUGUGUGUGUGUGUGUGCGGCAGUCAGAGGCGACAAAGACAAUGGCAGCACAUGAGGUGCUCAGCAAAGCUUCCAGGCCUGCAUCUGCUCGGACCCUCACACCUCAGAACUCCCCGGGUCGGACCUUUGGCGCCAAAGUGAAUGUAGCCCCGCCUCCAAGUGGCUGCUCCUCCACUUCCUGAGGGAGAUGAAGAUGAGU